AUGGAACUCAAUUAUGAUUCGAUUUUCGCUCCUGCGAUUCCCAUAGAUAUUCAUGGAAUGAAGAUCUUGAGACAACCUUCUGAUGCCAAGCUUGCUGAACUCGGGGUUGCCUCGUGGCCUAUAUGGGAAAGCGUUCCACGUAAAUUUCCAUGGAAGUUUAAGAAUACAGAGACGAUGUACUUUUUGGAAGGGAAGGUGAAAGUGACUAUAGGCGAGCAUCACAAAGAAGAAGAAAUCAUAGAACUAAUGGCCGGGGACUUGGUUGUGAUUCCUAAAGAUAUGAAAGUUGUUGUGGAUGUAACUGAAGAUGUCAAGAAACAUUAUUAUAGAGCGCCCGAGAUUGUGAAAUCUUAA